UCAUCAUUAUUCUUAAUUAAUUUUCACAAGCACUUAAAGAGGUUUUAGUAGUCCGGCCAACGCCAAUAGGGCAGCUGACGUCAGUGCCGGCGGAUUGCACGCCCAGAUUCCCAUGUGCUUCUCACUCCGAUCUUUUCCUUCAUCUGUCGAUCAUUAGUCAUUACCCUCACCGACAACUCCCACUCCCAAUCUCUCUCUCGACCACCUCGGCACCCAAACCCGUAUCUGUCCAUGGACCGCCCGACCCGUACCCACGCCCCGGCAGGCCGCGACGAUUGUUGGAGUGAGGACGCCACGUUGGCACUAACAACGGCCUGGGGCGACCGCUACCUCCAUUUAAACCGCGGCAUCCUCCGUCAGAAAGACUGGAAGGAGGUGGCCGACGCCGUUAACUCCCAUCAGAACGGCGGCGCCAAGCCGUUCAAGACGGACGUCCAGUGCAAGAACCGCAUCGACACGUUGAAGAAAAAGUACAAGCUGGAAAAGUCGAAGCCCGGCCCGUCCACGUGGCCCUUCUACCGCCGCCUCCACUCCAUAAUCUGCUCAACCCCCUCAAACACCGCCGGUGCGACCAAACCAAACCCCCCAAUCCUCGCUCUCACUGCCAAAUCCCCCGACCCGAAUACGAAUCCCCUCGGAGGGUCCACCGACAGCUCAAUUCGCCGCGACGACGGCGGUGAUGAGGCGGCGGUGUUUUCGGGUGGGGCGGCGUGCAGGGAAUUGGCUAGGGCAAUUUCGAAGUUUGGGGAAAUGUACGAGAGGAUUGAGAAUUCGAAGCGGAAGCAGAUGAUGGAGCUGGAGAAACAGAGGAUGGAGUUCGAGAAGGAGCUCGCGUUGCAGAGGUUGAAUAUGUUCAUGGAUGUUCAGGUGGAGCUGGGGAAGAAGAUGAAGCGCCCCAAGUACUCGCAUUCUUCAGGGAAGAAAUCAUAGAAGUUUUAAAUGCACGACGCAUGAGAAGGAUUUGCAUGUAACUGAGACGUCAAGGCGACGGUGUCUCAUUCUAAUUACAUUAUUGUAACUGAAUAGUUGUUUUGCUUCGUAAUUAUUGUACAUUAUGUUUCCGAUAUCUGUAGUGUAAUAUUGUGUGUCAAUAAUCACAUAAUUCCUACU